UGGCGUCCCGUAAAAUUGGGGUCAUCCGAAAGACACGUCCUAAAAACUUGUCAAUCGUUUCAUCAAAUUAAAUUAACGUCAUUCACAUUCCAACUGAUGUAUGCGGACAGCUUGACACAGUUUUGCGUCGAGAAGUCAGUGUUUUUAUCAGGCCCCAUAGCUUAUUUCACCUGUUGGACGCUGCCAAGAAGGGGAGAGAAGUCGACUAUGGUAUUGUUCAGUGCGAGAAAAAGGUAAAUAACUUGCAGGCGGUACUGGCCUGAGUUAGUAAGACUUACCCGCGACUAACAGCCAGGUUUGUUUACACCUGAAUCAUUCCUUGUGCAAUGUCGAAGGGAGGAGGGCCGGUGUUCAUAACACUACGGCGAGAAGACUCGAACCCGGGGGACGGGACGGUCAACAUACACCUCAGGAGGAAGAACACGAGUACGCCGUGGGGCUUUCGAAUACAAGGGGGUCGGGAUCAAGGUGUAUGUCUUCAUAUACAAAAGGUGACAGCCAGGAGCAUAGCGGAGAGGCGGGGAAUGAGGCCAGGCGACGGAAUCCUCAAGAUCGGUCACGAGCCCGCUGUCUACCUCGACCAUCAGCAGGCCAAGAUGGAGAUCAUCCGAGCCGGAAAUGAACUCGACUUCUGUGUGCAACGCAAUGCUGUAACAACUGGCAUCGACAGAUCCAACGAAACGCAACGUUCCAACUCGCCCGUCGACGAGGCGACGACCUUCAAAGGCUUCAUCAACCCCAACGUUCAGUCCCGGUCCUUCAGGAGGAUCUCCGACUCGCUUUUUACAGAGGCGCCAGAAGCAGGUACCCAUACAUCCGAAGAUCAAGUAUUUGAACAUUUCUAUCCCCAAGCCAGCUGAUUAGAACCCAUCACCUUCUAAGCCAGAGCCGCCGUGAUAUGGAAGUCCAGCGAUGUGUGUGUGUGUGGUCCAGAGUGAAUUCUGCUUCAGUAAGCAUACCAUCACAGUCUUCCUUUGCAUCCAAGCGACCAAGUCUACCAUCAGCAAUAAAGCGAAUCUCUUCUUCACUGCUUUCAAUUGUUUCCCAGAGCACCACGAAUCUUACCUGGCUGAAGUUAACAUGAUAUUGUCUGAGAUUUGUGAACCAAACUGUGAACAGGGGCUGAUGCAGAAGGGACACUCUCUUCUGUGUAGCAUGAUUUUUGUAGCUCCACCUUACGUUUCAAAUGUUAGGAAAUCUAAAUAUCUUCUUGCAGUUGACUGCUUCCAGUUUCCAAGAGCACCGUGAAUCUUACCUUAACAUGUCUGUGAACAGUGAUUGAUUCAGAAGGUACCCUCUCUUCCGUGCAGCAUGGUAUUUGGAGCCCCCCCCCCCCCCCCUCACACACGCACCCUCACGUUUCAAAUGUUAGGAAAGCUAAAUAAUUAAAAUGAAAUGAUGCCUGUAGCAUCUACGAACCAUUCAGUCGCAUGCGCAGGUAAUUAAGCAGGGGGUCUAGACUGUUGCGAAUGAAGCUUCCGUGUGUGUGUGGGGGGGGGGGGGGGGGGGGAUGGGGGUUAUGCUCUCUCAGAAAAAUAUUUUAAAUAAAAAUAAACUUCUCUUGGAGCAAGAAGUGGUUUUAACCCCCACCCUCACCCCACCCAACUGCACACGUGUCUGAACUAGGUGUAUAGUAGCCUUUGUAUUGAAGUUAGUUAGUUUUACACGUAAUGCAAUAAAAUCCGGGAAUAAGUCCAGGCUGUCUGUAAUCGUUCUAUAAAAUAUCCUCUUCCCUUUUUCAGUAAUUAAGUUUCCCCAUUAAAGCGGCGUGCAUAAUGCUAAAUAUUUUCUGGCUACGUCCCUGUAAGGUACUCAAUUCUAUCUCAUUUUAAGUUUAAAUUCUCUUGUCCUGCAUGCUAUAGUCUGUUUGUAUCAAAAUGGAACCGAUGAAUUGGCAUGUAACUAUAAACUAAAUAAUGCUAAAACUUGUGUAAAACAUUUUUAAGCUUUAAACUCAUACCAACUUUCAUAGCAUUGUAAAAAAAAACCCACCCACAUUUGUAUGUAAAUAAAAUAUUUCUUAACAAAUUAAUAUCAAAUUAUACAAAUUAAAGCUAAUUGAAAUUCAGGAAUGAAGAAUUGUAUAAUGCGUGUUCACCUGCAUUGUUAUUGGUAAUUGAUUAGUGAAGGCGGAUCUCAGAAUAUUGACGUCAUACACUGAAUUAAAUAUGACGACAACUGCUAGCUCUUUUAUUAUUGCUUAAGAUACCUACACCAGUCAUAAGUAUUUAUCUCCUCCUAGUUCACAACUCCUUUCGAUGGACGCCUCAUAAAUUAAAGUCGCAUACCCUAGUUUCAACCCCCAUUGAAAAUGGACUCUAAGUUUGUUAAUCUAAACACAUGUGACACAUUUGGAUAAAGUUACAACAUAGUGAAACAAGAGUCUGUGACGUUGAAACGAGUACACACCUUUUAAAAAUCGACUAGAGCUCGUCUCCAUAACCAUUACUUCUCCGAAGUAGAUGUGUUUUUAAAAAUAUUAAAAUAGCCUUUCGUGGUAUUAUAAACACCAUGAUGACCAGAAACAAAACUCCGGAUGUACGGUAAUGAAUAAUCUAAAGAAUAAAAUCUAAAGUGAUGACUGAUUUCAAUUAAAACAAACGGCUCUAAUUGUGAAAACUACGCCGUAGUGUUUAAAAACUAGGGUCUGUCACUUUAAAUCUUUACACUACAACUGCUGUCACACAAAUUAGGGUUGCUUGUGUCCUGCCUAGAUGUUAAAUGUUUUACAGUUCAAAACAUUAUUUACUUAUAAAACUUUCAUUCAGAUAUACAUGUAUUGCAGUUUGGUGAGACUGAUAUAUACAUAUGUUACCUAAAAAUGUUAUAGGUAUGUUUGAAUAAAUAUUACCUAUAUGUAUCCUGUUGAUCAUGUUCGUAUUGUAUUGCGAUAAUAGUAUUAUAUGUAUUGACAACAGUAUUUCAGUUUUGUACCAGCACUGUUUGCAAGCUGAUAUCUUCUUGUUAAACCAUGUCUUGACGAAAAAAGUACACUCUUAUCUUACUACUAAUAAUUGUUAUGAUCGAACAUGUUGUCAGUUGAUGUGGAAUGUUUCAUAUGUUGUUUACUUUGUAUAAAAUGUGUUUUUUUUAUAA